AAAAAACUUAUGAAAGAAGCAUUAGAUUAAAGCGUGUUUUCACAAUCCACUUGUAUUUUCACUAAAAAUUGAUUUCUAAAACAUUUCCGCCAAAACUCUUAUAAAAACAUCUCCAAACCAGCCUGAGACUCUCUCUCUCUCCUCUAACCAGAGCAGCUUCUGUAGCUUUGGACUUCGAGACAGAGAUGGAGGAGGAGAGAACGAGGAAGAAACUACUGAUACUCUACGCCACCCAAACCGGAAACGCUUUAUCCGUCGCCGAGCGAGUGGGCCGCGAAACCGAGCGCAGAGGUUGCCCCGUCCACCUUCUCUCCCUCGACCAAUACGACGCCAGAUGCUUAGCUCAAGAGGGCACUGUAAUUUUUGUUGUUUCAACCACUGGCCAGGGAGAUACUCCUGAUCCCAUGAAUGGGUUUUGGAAAGAUCUUCUGCAGAAAAAUCUGAGUAGGCAAUGGCUGGAGGGACUCCGUUACGCUGUUUUCGGAUUGUUUGUGGCAAAGAAGCUUGAUAGGAGACUUUUGGACCUUGGGGCAACCCCGAUUGUCCGAAGAGGUUUGGGAGAUGAUCAGCACCCAUCAGGGUGUGAAGCUGCUCUGGAUCCGUGGAUGGCAUCAUUGUGGAAUAUGUUGAAUAAAAUCGAUCCCAACUACUUGCCAAAUGGCCCAGACUUUUUGAUUCCAUAUGAAAAUUUCAUGGCGAAACCAAAGGUUCGGAUUCUGUAUCGUGACAUUGACAAGGUGGAUUCACAAGUUUCGUCUAAGUCAGACUUGAAUCACAUGGCGUUGCAGAUUGAAAGGGCACGCAGAAUGUCUCCUUUGAAGUUUUCUCUUGACAGGCCUGACUGCAUUCUUAAAUUGGUAAAAAAUGAACCACUGACUAAAUCAGGUUGUAAAGACGAAGAGGUGCAUUACUUCGAAUUUGAAUUUGUUUCAUCUGUGGUGACGUACUUGAGGUUCUCCCCAGUCAAAGUUCUGCUGCAGUGGAUGCUUUCAUACUUCGUUGUAAUUUGGACCCUGAAUCAUUCAUCACAGUUCAUCCUUCAGAAAUGGAGAAUCAGCUUCCUGAUACUUGUCAUGAGUAUGUUUGCAUCCGCUGAACAUGAAAGAGAAAGACUUCAGUAUUUUGUGUCACCAGAAGGAAGAGAUGAUCUAUACCAAUACAAUCAGAGGGAACAACGGACUGUUCUGGAGGUUUUAGAGGAUUUCUCCUCUGUUCAAAUGCCACUCGAAUGGCUGGUACAGUUGGUUCCUCCUUUGAAAAGGAGGGCUUUCUCCAUCUCUUCGUCCCCUUCUGCCCACCUCAAUCAAGUUCACUUAACAGUUAAUGUAGUAUCAUGGACAACGCUGUUCAAAACAAUUCGAGCAGGUCUCUGUUCAAACUGGCUAUCCAAGCUUGAUCCUGAACAACGUGUUUACGUUCCAGUGUGGUUUCAGAAGGGUUCCCUUCCUCCCCCACGACCAUCACUUCCUCUCAGUCUCAUUGGACCUGGAACUGGCUGUGCGCCUUUUCGUGGAUUUGUGGAGGAAAGAGCUGUAAGAACUUGUAAACAAACAAACACCAAGACCAAAGCAUGAACCACAAACAAAAGGAAACCAACCCAGUUAUGUGCACAUAAAUAACCAGAAAGGAAAACAUACCUGCAGCUGCACCAGAACUCGUAGCCAUUGCAGCAAACUUUCAGUGAUCCUUCUCUUCUCUUGCAGAUUGUCAAGAGCUCGACUCACAGAUAGGUUAUGGUCCAAUAUGAGCGUUAGUUCUGUGAGAAGAGAGGUCACUAUAUAUAUACAUAUAGACUUCACCAAAAUAGAUCAGGAUUUCCUAUCAAAAUCCUCAUCGGAAACAAACACUUGUUUCCUGAUGCUAACCAAAAUCCUUUUCAGUCAAGGAUCAACAUUCCUUUCAUCAAUAGGACUUUCUAUCCAAAUUGAAUACCUAUAACUGGUCCUAAAACUUCUCUAUCUCAUACUCAUACUUAUAUUCUUACAUUCUCCCACUUGAGUAUGAGAACAGUUUCAAGUACUCAGUUUAUCCAAUCAUACUUAGAUAGAAGUGAUCACUAACAGAUAAUCAUCUCAAAUUAUUAUAAAGGUGAUCACAUAAUUAAGUCAUUCACCAACACACAAGUACAUAGACACAACUAGCUUACAUAAACCAAAACAAUGAAUUUAUAAUUGCCUCUGCAACACAAAAUACAGAUUUAACUUACAAAUCACAAUGUCCAGUUCAUGUUCAUAGCAAUGUAUCUAAGCUCAAAGGUAAACCAAGACGUCUACUCCCACUCAUAUAGCCACCAAAUCUUUUGGAUAACAAAAGCUUAACCUCACAUACAACUUACCCAUGCAUUUUAAAAUAUUGAACUUAAGAAUUUUUUCUGUUACAUCGCAGAAUUAACUCAAAAGUCACAACAUACUUAAUUUGCACUUUGUAAUUAUGUGAACCAAUAUAGCAAAAACCAAACCAAUUUGCUCCCACUUAUCUAGGCUAUACUUAACACAAACAAGUUAAGUAUAAGUUAAUAUCAACUGUAUUAACUAACAGUCAUUGCAAUACACUAAAUGUCUUAUCAAUGUGAUCAAUUGCCGCAACCAAUAUGCAAACAAAUUCCAUGAUCACAUUCAUCCAAUUUGUAUUUACAACAAUGUGAUUUUACUUGACCAGAACAAACACAUAAAUUGAUUUGCUCCCACUAUAUCAAGUUAAGUUUAGUUCCAGCAAAUAGCACUAAGCUUCUCAUUACUUAAACAAAUUAAGUAACAUAAAUAAU